UAUUUGUCGCGACUCCGUGAUUUAGCCAACAGCUGAUGCGAAGAAAGCAAAGGGUUGGGUAGAUACACAAUUUUAAGAAUAAUUAACGCAUUUUACACGUCUACAAAUCUAUUUAGUUAAAAAUAUGGCAGAGACAGACCCAAAAUCGGUGCAGGAUCUCACAGCAGUGGUGCAGACAUUACUGCAGCAGAUGCAGGAUAAGUUCCAGACCAUGUCAGACCAGAUCAUCGGGAGAAUUGAUGAAAUGAGCACUCGCAUUGAUGACCUGGAGAAGAAUAUAGCAGACCUGAUGACUCAGGCAGGAGUGGAAGAGAUUGAAGGAGAGAACAAGGUCAAAGAGGGAGACGCCUCCUAGUAGAGGAUGCAGACUACAAAAUAACUAUACACACUUCAGGAGCAGCAAGAUUCUCUCUAUGGUGACUAACAUAUUUUGGUUUGACGUGAUGCUUUUUUUAAAAUAAUGUAGAAGGAAUUAAAGUCAGUCUUAAUGCUGUGACUGUAUGCUUUUCCUUUUUUUCCUCAAAGAACUUUUUAAACAUGACAUCCAACUGUAGAGCCGAACCCUGCGUUACUGUAAUAACAGCACUAGCCCAAGUGCCAACCUAUCACCAUUCCUGUUAAAGCCAGUUUGUUGUUGAAUUAAAGUUGUUUCUUAAA